GUUGACUUUCUCUCUCCUGUUAUUCUCUGCAGGAAAGUGAUUGUUCCUCAUUUCCUGUGUGAUAGUUUAUAGAAACAGUGAAGGUCCCAAUGAGGGCAAGGUUUGGAGAGCCGCGUGAAGCAUUGGCGGUCCAACGCUGGUAUCUGCAGAACCAGCCCAUGUACGCGGAGGUGGCAGCUGUAGUUUCGGCGGAGAACACUCGCUUGGGAUUGUCGCCAACUCAGACCAUCAGGUCCUCAGUGGGGCUUCCGUAAAAGCACCGCAGAGAAGAUGAAUAUCCAGGUCCUGCCAGAACACAAGCUCUCGUCGGUGGCCCCGCUGAAACAGUGCAAUGUGGAGAAAAAAGAGGUAGAACUGAUACUGGUGAAGGACCAGAAUGGCGUCCAGUACACCAGCUCUUCCAUCAUUCCCUCUCCGGGUUCCCACUACGUGGGUCCUCCAGGACUCACCGAGGAAGAGCGAGAAACUUGGGGCAAGAAAAUGGACUUUCUCCUGUCGGUUAUUGGCUUCGCGGUGGACCUGGCCAAUGUUUGGAGAUUUCCUUACUUGUGCUACAAAAACGGAGGAGGUGCCUUUUUGAUCCCGUACAUUCUUUUCUUGGUCAUUGCGGGGAUGCCAUUGUUCUACAUGGAGCUUGCCUUGGGCCAGUACAACAGGGAAGGGGCAGCUACAGUUUGGAAAAUUUGCCCCGUCUUUAAAGGUGUGGGCUACACUGUGAUCAUCAUAGCCCUGUAUGUUGGCUUCUACUACAAUGUCAUCAUUGCCUGGUCCCUCUUCUACCUGUACUCCUCCAUGACCAAUGAGCUGCCAUGGCUCAAAUGCGGCAACAUCUGGAACAGUGAGAACUGCACCGACCCCAAAGCCCUCAACGCAUCCAUCCUCGGCAAUGGAACAUCUUACGCCAAGUACAAGAUCACCCCGGCAGCAGAGUACUAUGAACGGGGUGUGCUGCAUCUCCAUCAAAGUAGAGGUAUCAAUGACCUGGGCCUGCCUCGCUGGGAGCUGACCUUGUGUCUGGUCGUGGUGGUCUUCAUCCUCUACUUCAGCCUGUGGAAAGGUGUCAAGUCCUCAGGGAAGGUGGUGUACAUCACAGCUACCAUGCCCUACGUGGUCCUUUUUGUUUUGCUGAUCCGAGGCAUAACUCUACCAGGGUCCAUGGACGGCAUCAGGGCCUACCUCCACAUCGACUUCAAGCGGCUCAACAAUCUAGAGGUGUGGAUUGAUGCCGCCACCCAGAUAUUCUACUCACUGGGAGCAGGAUUCGGGGUGCUCAUUGCUUUUGCCAGUUAUAACAAAUUUGACAACAACUGCUACAGGGAUGCGCUCUUGACCAGCACUGUGAACUGCAUCACCAGUUUCUUCUCAGGGUUUGCCAUCUUCUCUGUGCUUGGAUACAUGGCUUACAAACAUGGGGUGAACAUAGAGGAUGUGGCAACAGAGGGAGCAGGAUUGGUGUUCAUCAUCUACCCUGAGGCAAUUUCGACACUGCCUGGCUCAACGUUUUGGGCUAUUGUGUUCUUCAUCAUGUUGCUGACUCUUGGCAUUGACAGCUCGAUGGGCGGUAUGGAGGCGGUCCUCACAGGCCUGUCAGACGACUAUAAGUUCCUCAAGAGAAACAGGAAGGUCUUCACCUUCGCCACAGCCUUUGGAACCUUUCUGGUUGCCCUCGCCUGCAUUACUAAUGGUGGGAUCUACGUGCUGACCCUGUUAGACAAGUAUGCAGCUGGGACUUCUAUACUGUUUGCCGUGUUGAUCGAGGCCAUUGGAGUGUCAUGGUUUUAUGGUGUUGACCGCUUCAGCGAAGAUAUCGAGCGAAUGAUGGGCUUCAAGCCAGGUCUCUACUGGAGGCUGUGUUGGAAAUUUGUGAGCCCGAUCUUUCUGCUGUUUGUUGUAAUAGCCAGUACUGUGACAUCGUCAGGCCUGAAGUAUGAUGACUACGUCUUCCCUCACUGGGCCAACGUAGUUGGCUGGGGCGUGGCCAUGUCCUCCAUGAUGUUUGUCCCCGGCUAUGCCAUAUAUAAAUUCUUGAGCGUAAAAGGAACAUUCAAACAGAGGAUAGCCUAUUGCAUCACUCCAGAACAUGAACAUCAUUUGGUGGCUGAGGGAAAUAUACGGCAGUUCACACUCAAGCAUUGGUUGGCCAUCUGAUGUACCCAGAAUUCCCUCAUCCAUCCUCACAUCUGGUGUUUGGAGUUCCUGUGUGCCACCAGUGGUCGGACAGACAAGGAGAGCAACAGGCUCCAACCUCUCUCAGCAACCUGCCUCUUCUCCCCGUACAUUUAUCACCCAACGUCUUUGUUGUCAACAGUAGCGUCAAGCACUUUGAUUUCAGAGUUAUGCCUGUUAACAUCUUGAAACCAUUCAACAGCUUCAACUCAUAAGGGAGGGGCACCCCAUGGGGGCAAUGUACUGUUAUUUGCCCUUUGACAUUGUUAUGUUUUUUAUAUACUACAUUAAUCAAUCAUAACUUUAGUUAUGGUUUUAUAUAGUUUGUGAUGUGACUAUUAUCUCCUGGAAGGGACAGAAACUAAAAUCAAAACCAAAACAAUCCCAUUAUCCUGUGUAUUACUGUACAGGGGACCCAAAUAUUUAAAUUUUUAAACUUUUUUUUAGACAUAUGAUUAUUUAUUAUUACAUUGAUAUUGGAAAAAAGGCUCUGUUCUUGCCGUUCUGUUGGUAUAGUGGCUUAUCUGUUUCAGUGCCUUAUCAAGCGAGACACUCCAUGUUUCUUACACUCCGUACAAGAAGAAAUGAAGUAAACUGUGUUGACUCAGGAACCCACCAAAUCAAGCCACAGUUUGUGGAUGUCAAUCUCUCGAUUUGACCCAGUCCUUUGACACUCAAGUCAAACAGCUGGUGGUCAACAGUGCGUCAAAGUCAACCUCCUUAAUGAGGAUUUUAGGCCUGAUAUAAUGCUUUCAUGUCACAUUCUGUUACAGAAAAGGGAAUAAUGGAUACAUCGCUCCAAAGCUUUAAAAGAACUGAGGCAGGCUUUGUUCACCUCUUAUUCUUUGGAAGGCCAGACUCCCAACCAGGCCUUAAUCUCAAAGAAAAACUAAGUCUGAACCUGGUCAGUGCCUGGCUGCUUACUGAAGGUGAAAAAUUCAGCAAAACAAAUGGCGUAACUGUUGCAAACAGUUUUGUAAUAUUGUUGUGAGACUUUUACUUUACAAAAUGUUGUCUGUUCAGUGCUUCUGAGGAAUAUAUGUGGCUAAUAAGAGACAUAGAGAGAGAAUGUGUGUGUGUGUGUAAUGGGAUUUUGUUGCCAACCAUACGGUAUGCUGUUAGUGUAAAGUACAUGGAGGGAUGACAUUUGCCAGAUGCCUCUUUCACUGCACUGUAUAUUAACUUAAAUCUAUGAUGACUCUAAUGUUUUCAUUUGACACAUAUCUUGUGAUGUUCCACUUUUUCAUCACCAUAGAAGUGCCAAUAUGUUCCUUUAGGAAUGUUUUUGACUAUCUUAAUCAGUUUCUCUUUUUACCUCCGCCAAGGAGGUUUUGUUUUCGGUUCGGUUUGUUGGUUUGUUUGUCUGUUUGUCAGCAGGAUUACAGAAAAACUACUUGCUUGAUUUUCAUGAAACUUGGUGAAAGGGUGUAGCAUGGGCCAAAGAAGAAUCCAUUAAAUCUUGGAACGGAUUGGCCUUUGCCUUCUAGUUUAUUUAUUGGAAUUAAAUUGAGUUUUAACCAUGAAUCAUAACAGAGCCUUUCUGAAAGGAAUGAAGCCACAAAGGAAAAAAAUCAAAUACAUGUGGAAUAUAUAAGAAGAUAUAAAAAAAUAUAUAAAUAUAUUCUUUUGUUAUGUAUAAUCUUGUAUUUAUCAAAUUGUUUAUAACAAAACGUGAAUGUAAAGUAUUUUAAGCGUAAAUGUCCACAGUCAUAACAUGUUGUUUGAUGUAUAGCUAAAAUGAACUAUUUAGAAAAAAAAUGUUCUUCAGUGUAACCCUGGGCUACUUUUUCACAUGUGAAUGUGAACAAAAAAAAACCCUGGCUUUCCUGGACUAUGUUUACAAAAAUACUGUGUACAAUACCAAUGUCCUGUUGAACGUGAGUGACAACUAUCUAUGAAGAAGUCUGAAGUGUUCACACUAUGAUAAUAAAGAAUUUCAUCUACACACA